AUGCACUAUGACGAUUGUCGACCGUUUUGCGUUACCCGAUUGGCUACGGACCCUACGCCGUCAUCUCGCGAACAAAGACGACGUCCUGGUGGAUGGGGCGAAUAUAGCUACACCCGGGCAGAUAGGUGUUGUGAUGGGCUUGUUCCAGAGGAUCGUGGCUUUACGUAUAGGGCAGGGUCUCGUAUUUGCACCCAAUGCGCUGAUAGAGUGCUCGCAGGGCACUGGGCGCGACGGUCUUUGCUGGAAUGCGAAUGA